AUGUUUAGACCUCCUUCGCCAUUACAAUUUAAUAAUAAUUCUUCUACGAAUGCUGCUGCUCAAAAUCAAAAGCAUGUAUUUUCUGUUUUUAAUAGUAGUAAUAAUAAUAUUGAAACAACUGAUCCAAUAUUUCGACACCCUUCCUCAUCUUCAACCCCAACUCCACACGAUCAUGAUUCAAUAAAGUCAAAUAAUACACAGCAACAUAAUAAACAACCCUCGCAAACAUUUAAUGAUAGUUCACCACCAACUCCGUCAAAUAAUUCAGGUUAUAAUAUUCAUAGAGAUUCUCAUUCUAACACAUUCACCAGCUUAACAGGUCCUCCACUUGCAGGUCAAGCAAAUACUUUAAUAAAUCCUGAAAUUAGACCUUUAAAAAGAAAAGGAUGGGACAAUAUUACAUUGGCGACAGCUAGAAUUCAAAGUAAACGGGAUUCCAUUCAUGUUAAAGCAAACAACAAUGAACGAUCAAAAAGUUAUCAAUUUCAUUCAAAUAGUCAAACGACGGUUCCAAGAAAAGGAUAUUAUGAUAAUUAUACUCCUGAAUAUUAUAAAAUUAGAUAUGAUGCAACUAUGUUCCCUUUAAAUGAUUUUGAAGGUGACAUUGAUCCUUCAAUUAUAGCAUCGCCAAAUGAUAUUGAACUAUCUGCUGAAAUGCAAAAGGAAAGAAAAGAUUGGCUAAGUUUUUUAUCAUCAGUACUAACUGGUGAAGUUAUAAUGUCAGAAAAACAAAGAAUUUCUACUUCUAAUAAUCGUCAAGCUGCAAAUUAUAAUUACCAAAUUUGGUUAGGAAUUCGAGCUGCCACUAAUGGCAGACAACUUUCAGAAGAAAAACAAGCCUUGGAUGAGAAAAAACAACAAGUUACUGCCACGCUUAAGGAGGUAAUUGAUUUUCAAGUUCAACCCGGCGAUGUUCCAGCUAUUGAACAAGUUGUAACAUUGCUUCAAAAAGUUGAUGAUUGUGAAGGCCUUUAUCCAACUAGGAAGGCAAUGAUGUCUGAAAAACCCUUAUAUAAAUCAGAGAAUUUUCAAUAUAGCAUAGAUGCAUUGAAUUCAUGGUUAACAAUAACUAGAAGCUUACAGACUCAAUUAAAAAUUCUGCAAAAUUGGACUAAUAGUGAAAAUUUAGAGAUCACAAAAUCAGCAGAUGCAGAAAAUCCUUCUUUCUUGGAACGAAUAUUGAAAGAAAAUAGCUUAAAACAAAUAUUUGAGAAAAAAACACUUUCUACAUUGAAUUCACUUUUAUCCAAAGCUAAGCUUAUAAUGAUUGAAAAUGCCAAUGCAUUUGCCAAAAUGAAAUUGCCCUCAUAUAUCGAUGAGUUACAAAAACUUUUGAACUUUCCUACAAAACUUAUGGAAGAAUGCAUGAGGCUAUUAAUUGAAAUCUCUAGCCGCCUAACAGAUCCAACAAUGCUCAUGAUUCAACAGAGAAUGGAUGAUUUUCGUAUUUCCCUUAUUUUGGCUUGUCAAAUUAAACAUCAAUAUUUGGAAUUGGUAAAACCUGCAACUGGUUGGGAAAUUCCGCCGUGCAUUAACGAAAAUUAUAAUCAUAUAUUGUUGGAAUCUUUGAAAUUUUAUUUAAGAUUACUGCAAUGGAAAUUUAAAGGUGGUUGUAAAACUGUAUUUUUUAAAGAAGCUGAAAUAUUAGAAACUGAGUGGUCAUUUUUAAAUGGUAUUUGUCGUGAUAUUGCUGGUGGUGAUAUCGAAGCUGCAGAACAAUUUUGCAUUCUUGUCAAUAAAUUACAUCAAAACGUUAUAACUUAUUAUGAGACGAACCUUGAAUUGCCAAAAGAUAUUGACACAGCAAACAUCACUAAAUGGUAUAAUAAAAUUUUGGAUGGUGUUCGUUUAAGAUCUCAGCUUGAAAAUGCAACUGAAUAUUUUAUUGAUGAUGAUACUUUUCCAAAUUUUAUAAAAAAUUUAGAACAUACAAAUCAUGUUCUUGUUUAUCCAGAUACUUUCAAUGAAGAUAAUGUGUGUUUUAUUGUUGAACAAUCUCUUAAGGACAGGCAAGAACAAAUUCAAAAAUUACUUAAAGCUAUACUCACACCAUAUGAUCAACUUAAUAGUGAUCAUGAAGAAGAGUUGAAUGGUACUGAAUAUAUACUCAUUUUGUCACCAAGAGUAUCUUUUGAAUGGAAUGGCCCAAUAAUGAUGGUUUCUUUGGGUCAAUUAAAUAUUGAACUUAAAAGUUAUCGUGUAAGGCUUGUUGCUAAUGGUGGUAGUACUCGAUUGCAAGCAUGUAAACAAAGGUUUCGUAAUGUAGUUGAACACUGUGGUAUCAAAGUAAUAGUGGAGACACGUGCUAAUGUUUCAAGUGUGAAUCGCGAGAUUGCAAAACUCAAAAAAAUCAUAGUAAAACUAAUUAACAUGAUUAUCGACAGUGUUAGGAAAAUUCGUGAAAUGACAAAGAACCUUCAACCUCAAGAUCUAAUUGAAAAUUGUUUCAGUUUUGCAACUGAAAUAGGUCAUCGAUGUAUGAAAUUUAUGCAUAGGGACAUUGCACGAAAUCAACUAAAUAUAAAGCUAACACAUAUGGCUAUCGAUUGGGUUAGCUUCAUAUGUGAUGACUGCAUUCCAAAUGAUCGUAAAACUUUUCGAUGGGCUGUCAUAGCUCUAGAAUUUGCUAUGGCAACAAAUCGUGGAAGCAACAUUUAUGGUUUAAGUGAGGAAGCAUUUUCUUUACUUCAUAACAAAGUAGCUAGAUGUAUGACUUUAUUAAUUUCACACGUGGACAUUUUGGGAGCAAGAUCAUCUCAUGAAGCAAUAGAACAGCAAGAAAAAUAUGAGGAAUCUUCAAAACCAUCCAGUUCAAUAAAAAAUAAAACAUUCAGUAGUAUUCUUUCAAGUAGCGCUAAAGAUUCAUUGAUCGUUCGAGAAGAAUGGAUUGCCUCUUUGAAUGAAUUAGAAUCAAGAAGAUCACAAAGGUUACAAGAUCAAAGACUCGUUGGAAAAGUUCUCGAAGAUCAACUUGAAAAUCGAUCACUUGUAUUUUUAGCAUCCUCAAGUUCCAACAUUUCACUCCGUUGGCAGCAAGGCAAAUUCAUAGGUGGUGGCACUUUUGGUUCAGUUUAUUUGGCUGUUAAUUUGGAUACUAGUGACCUAAUGGCAGUCAAAGAAAUACGUUUUCAAGAUCCUUCAUCUCUAUCAUCUUUAUAUAGGUCAGUUAAAGAGGAAAUGUCUGUUAUGGAAAUGCUUGAUCAUCCAAAUAUUGUUUCAUAUUAUGGUAUUGAAGUGCACCGAGAUAAAGUAUAUAUAUUUAUGGAGUAUUGUCAAGGGGGAUCGCUGGCAUCUCAAUUAGAACAUGGUCGUAUUGAAGAUGAAAAUGUAAUUAAAUUUUAUGUAGCACAAAUGUUGCAAGGUUUAAUAUAUCUACAUGAAAAUAAUAUUGUACACAGAGAUAUUAAACCCGAUAAUAUACUGCUAGAUCAUAUGGGAUAUAUAAAAUUUGUGGAUUUUGGAGCAGCCAAAAUUCUAGCAAAAAAUCAAAAGACAAUGUGUCGAACAACUAAGACUCAAAAAACACAUGUUAACAGUUUAACUGGUACACCAAUGUAUAUGGCACCAGAAAUUAUAGCAGGCGGUGAAAAGGGACGGAAAGGUUCUAUGGAUAUAUGGGCUUUAGGUUGUUGUAUAUUAGAGAUGGCUACUGGUAAACGCCCAUGGUCUAAUUUAGAUAAUGAAUGGGCUAUUAUGUACCAUGUGGUGACUGGACAUCCACCAUUGCCAGAUCCUUCACAAAUAUCAGAAUUAGGAAUGGACUUUCUGACACAAUGUUUUGUGAGAUCAGCACAACAGCGCCCUACAGCUAAAGAAUUAAUUGAAAAUCCUUGGAUAGCCGAUGUAUUUGAAGCUAGUGAUGUAAAUAAUCACUAUCAUCGUCACACCUAUAGUGCCGGUUCUACCACAUCCAAACAUCCUCCAUCUUUGUAG